CAGGGAUCCGGAAGUCAACACCAUGUCGAGUCUGCACAAGAGCCGGAUUGCAGAUUUCCAGGACGUUCUGAAGGAGCCCACGAUCGCUUUGGAAAAGCUUCGGGAACUCAGCUUUAGUGGCAUCCCCUGUGAGGGCGGACUGCGGUGCCUCUGCUGGAAGAUUCUCUUGAACUACCUCCCCUUGGAGAGAGCCUCAUGGACCUCCAUCCUUGCCAAGCAGAGGGAGCUAUAUUCUCAGUUCCUGAGGGAAAUGAUUAUCCAGCCUGGCAUUGCCAAGGCCAACAUGGGUGUGUCCAGGGAGGAUGUGACCUUUGAGGACCAUCCCCUCAACCCUAACCCUGACAGCCGAUGGAACACAUAUUUCAGGGACAACGAGGUGCUGCUGCAGAUCGACAAAGAUGUCAGGAGGUUGUACCCAGACAUAUCCUUCUUCCAGAGGGCCACUGAGUACCCAUGCCUCCUCAUCCUGGACCCCCAGAAUGAGUUUGAGACCCUUCGUAAGCGGGUGGAACAGACCACGCUGAAAUCCCAGACAGUGGCCCGGAACCGGAGCGGGGUCACAAAUAUGAGCUCCCCACACAAGAGCUCGGCGCCGGCACCCCUGAGUGAGUACGAGGUGCCGCCCAGCGGCUGUGAGGCCCACUGGGAGGUGGUGGAGCGGAUCCUGUUCAUCUACGCCAAGCUCAACCCUGGCAUCGCGUACGUGCAGGGCAUGAAUGAGAUCGUGGGGCCCCUCUACUACACCUUCGCCACCGACCCCGACAGCGAGUGGAAAGAGCACGCCGAGGCAGACACCUUCUUCUGCUUCACCAACCUCAUGGCCGAAAUCCGGGACAACUUCAUCAAGAGCCUGGAUGACUCGCAGUGUGGCAUCACCUACAAGAUGGAAAAGGUGUACUCCACCUUGAAGGAUAAGGACAUGGAACUCUACCUGAAACUGCAAGAGCAGAACAUCAAGCCCCAGUUUUUCGCCUUCCGCUGGCUGAUGCUGCUGCUGUCCCAGGAGUUCUUGCUGCCUGACGUCAUCCGUAUCUGGGACUCCCUCUUCGCUGAUGACAACCGCUUUGACUUCCUGCUCCUCGUCUGCUGUGCCAUGCUCACACUGAUCCGGGAGCAGUUGCUGGAAGGGGACUUCACCACAAACAUGCGGCUCCUGCAGGAUUACCCCAUCACAGAUGUCUGCCAGAUCCUGCAGAAAGCCAAGGAGCUGCAAGACUCAAAGUAGCCUGUCUGCAGGAACCCAGGUUUGGGAGAGACGCCACCGAUCCCUGUGCCCCGGCCUCCAGGACAUGCAGAAACCUGUGGGGUUCCAGGCCAAGGGGAAGCUGCAGGACUGGCCCCCUCCCCCCAGGCCGCUCCCACUGUGCCAUGCUCCUUCCUGGCCACCAAGCUCUGGCUCCUUCUCUACUCUUCAGCCCUAGGACCCUCUGCCCAGCCUACCGAGCAAGGCUGGAACUCCUGAAGGCAUUUUUCUGGGGCUGGGGUAGACUGGGGGCACUCGGAGCCAGCAGAGGUCCCUCUGUGCUCUGCCACUCCCUUCCCCGUUACUGCUCUGGUUGGCAGUUGAGUCAGAAACCACUUCUGGGGUCGGUGCUUAGGUUUCCCCAUGGAGAAAGUGACACUGUGAGGGAGCUAAGGAGCCGCCAGGCCCAGGUCACACCCUCUGUCCCUCUCUCACUGAGUGUGUACGUGUGUCUGUAGUCACGUCGUUGUGGGUUGGCGUGUGUGUGUCUCUGUCCCCCAGGUGUUCGUCUCCUGUCUGUGGAUGUGAGGGAGGGGAGAGUGUCCUCGAAUCCCUCUAGGUCUCUACUUCUGUCUCCCACUCUUCUCCCUCCACCUCUGACAGGCUGCGUGUCUCUCCUGAACCUGCUCCUCCUCCCGUUGCUCUCCCUCUGCCCUUCUCUCUUGGGGUGCCUUACCCCCAGCCUCUUUUUCUCCUCCCCUCCACGCCUGUGAACCCCAGAGACAGAAUGAAGAGUCUGGCUCAGCAAAGCCCCUGGAGGUCAACUUUGGCCUUUGCACCCUUUUCCCACCCCCUACCCACCGGCCCUAGGCUCCCAGAUCCCUCACAUUGGGGGGCCACAGUGCCUCCCUAGAGGGCCCUGAACCUGCCCCCCACCACAGAAAUCUUGGAAACCAAAAACUGCUCAGAAAUGAUGGCCCAUGAAGCUUUGAGCCUCUUACCCUCUUUUCUGCCAAGGGAUUGAGGAGGGAGAAGAGAGAGAGCUGGGUCUUCCGGAGAUGCCCCCAAAGGAGAAGGACAUUGAGACGAUUCAUACCAGGAGCUGGGGUCCAAGUGCUUCAGAAGAGUAGUCAUUCCCAUGGCUUCCAGGGCCCAGCCCAGGCCAGAGGAGUCCCGCGAAAGGCAAAUGGGACCAAAGGGAGCCUCCCUGGGCUAGGCGGAGCUGAGCUCAGAGGCCCUGGGUUCCGUCAGGACUGGGGGAAUCCUGUUGCCCCCGAGUAGGCUGGAGGAGGUGCUGGCCCUUCCCUGGUCACCCGCUUGAGCUGGUCCCAGGGUUCAGGGCAGGUACACUUGGAGCAGGAGCAGCUGGCUGCUCCCAUUGCUGGGCGGUGGGAGGACCGGGUUUAUUCUGAUCAAGUCCCCUCCCUCCUUUUGCAAGGAGGCAGGUGGUUUGGGUCUAGAAGGUUAGGUGAUGUAGAAAGGGCCCUCAUCUCAGAAUGGCUGGCAGGAGCCAUGUUGUCCCCAAAGCCUUCCUGGGUCUGGUCACCAGGACUUCUGCUUCCUGUGCUGGCCAGGCCGUGGGCCAGGAACAACUUCCCCCAGAUGGCCCCUUUACCAGGCUGACCCUUGAAUGCUUCUGGGACUUUCUGCACUUGCCUUUUUGCUGCCUCCUUUCCUAACACAUUUUUGGGGAGAUUUUUUACUAUUUAUUCAGACUCCUGGUUAUUUAUUGCAGAUUGGCAAGUGCUUGGUUUAGGGAUGAGGGUGGGGCUGGGAAGGUAGGAAGGAAUUGGAGACAUGGUCUUCCUGAUUUUCCGAGGUCAGACACAGCAUCCUCUGCCCUUGUUUCUGGGACCUCCUUGGUUCUCCAGCAGAUCCUGGCUGGGAGGGCUCUGAGCUCCAUACUGGAACUGAGUGUCAGAGAGACUCCAAGACCUCCUACACAGGGCACAAACAAACUGCUUCCCCCCAGCCUAGCCUACCUUCUUCCCAGAACUUGUCAGCUGCUCCUUCAGUUCCCAUUUUGACCCCUUAACAGCCUGAGACUUGGGCCACAGCCUGGGACCCAGCAGACACUGCCCAGGACAUUUCCCUCUUGCCUAUCCCUUGCCUUCCCUUCUGGGGUCACACUACUUGAAUCACUGCAUCUAAUUUGCCUCAGUGGCAGGCCUUGAGUCCAGUGCCCUCUCCUUGACUUUGGGAUGAAGGCCAAGAGCACAAGGGGCCAUGUCCAGGUUAGGCUGAGUUCCCCAGGAUACUCCUCAAGGGAAGAUCUACCCUUGGCGAUUCCUUCUUUCCAGACUCUUAAGGGAGGUCCCCAGACAGCCGGAGUGCCCAAGCUUCGUGCUUGGGAAGCUGCUCCCAGGAACUUGGAUACUUAAAGAUGGAGCUGUAUGAAUUCAGCAGAUGUCACUCCAGAGGAUCAGAAUGUUAGUCUGCUUAUGUUUUGUUUUUGUUUUUUAAAUCAGUUUUGUUCCUUGAAUCAAUGCUGUUGAUGACAAGUCUUUAAUAAAUCAUGUGUUCUUUGCAA